AUGGUAAUUUACGUACCAUAUGUUAUUGUCAUAAGCGUGAUAAUUCAAAUUGCAGUUUAUUAUUACAUGCUUGUAACUGCCAUAAUAAGAAGAAAAGUGAACGAAGCCAAUCAGCAAUUUCAAUUUUUCUUCGAUCAUACAGAAAUGAUCCACAUGCUAAAAUCUGUGCAGAGACACCAUCUGAAAUGUCUACAGAUGAUAGAAGCAGCCGAAGAAUUCUUUAAGUUAUACAUUUUCUGUGUUUAUUCUGUCAUCAUUCCGACUAUAUUUUUGCUUUUCUGUAAUAUUUUUGUAGCGGAAUACUCGAACUACAACUAUAUUAUGUAUUUUCAUAUGUUAAUGUGCUGCGUAAUUGUCCUGGUCGUUACUUUAGAAGCCGCUGCACUAUCUUCCAAGGCUCACCAUCUAGAUUAUAUUUUACGUGAAGUUCCAGUUCUUGAAAUUCCGAAACGUCAAAUAUUUCAAAUUAAUACUUCGUUAGAAAGACUGAAAGGAUCAAGAAUUGGUUAUAGUUGUUUAGGAAUAUUUGUUGUUUCUAAUAACACAUUAACACAGAUAACUAGUGGCUUGACGACUUACAUCUUGAUGUAUAUGCAAAUGAGGCAAAAGUCGAAACAAAGUAAUUCUUCAACUGUAUCGACUACGAGUAAUUAA